CACAUCCGUGUUAAAGAUGAACCCACUAGUGAUGAUGACGUUACACACAGCUGGUGCGACCCUGUCCAGCCCUCACAAAUGGACUACAGUCAUGAAGGUGCUGUUGAUAAGUCUAAGUUGGAACCAGAGGACCUUCCAGGGCUCAGUGAAGCAAGAAAACCAACAUUCAAUGUGAUUGUCAAAGAGGAGGAGGAAGAUGAGGAGGAGGAGGACAUGGUUGACCGAGGUUGGGAGGAGGAGGAAGAUGAGGAGGAGGACAUGGUUGACCGAGGUUCAGACACUGACUACACACCAAGUCCCACUGUGGUAGUGAAGGUGGGAGAACCCAAACCACCAACAAAGAAUAAGAACACAGUAAAGAAACUUCACCAGUGCCCCGACUGUGGUAAAACCUUUGAGAGGCUGUCGCGUCUGAAGAGGCACGAGCCAUCACACUUGAGGAAGAGCAAGCACCCGUGCCCUGACUGCAACCAGUCUUUUGGCAACCUCUCAGUCCUGAAGAAACACAGGGCAACACACAAGAGCACAGAGAAGCUGACUCACCAGUGUCAACAAUGUGGCAAGACGUUUGAGAAGCUAUCGCGCCUCAGAAGGCACCAGCCCGUACACCAGAGGAGAAAGAGGAUGGACCACCCGUGUCCUAAAUGUGGCAAGACCUUCAAGAAGUUAUCCGGCCUGGUUCUGCACGAGCGAGGACACACCGGAGAGAAACCGUUCCCUUGCUCCCAGUGCGGGAAGAGCUUUGCCGACAACCGUCACCGGAAAGUGCACGAGCAGGCUCACCAAGGGAAGCUGGAGAGACCCCACCGCUGCGCUGACUGCGGGAUCUGCUUCCCCAAACCAUCCGAGCUUCGACGGCACCAACGCGCACACACGGGAGAGAAACCGCACCGCUGCCCUGACUGUGGGAAGGCCUAUUCCCGGUCAGAGACUCUGAAGAGGCAUCUUCUCAUCCACACGGGGGAGAGACCUCACCUCUGCACCGAUUGUGGGAAAAGCUUCAUCGAAUUGCAGCAGUUGAAAUCCCACCAGCGGAUUCACACUGGAGAGAAACCAUUCCACUGCCCCGUGUGUGGGAAGGGUUUCUCACAGAGGGGUAACAUGAAGGCACACCAUCGGACUCACACAGGGGAGAAACUUCACCACUGUGCCGACUGCGGGGCCAGUCUCUCCACAUCUUCUAGUUUAAAAGAGCAUCAGCUCAUUCACACAGGAGAGAGGCCCUUCCAGUGUCUGGUCUGUGGCAAACGCUUUCUGCACAUCUGGAGACUCAGAAAACACCAGAAGACACACACCGGACAAACAUAAGGAAGACGUCUCUGUAUGCUUUGAAAGAGCAGCAACUGUAGUGUUGUACUACUACUACUAAUAUUAAUACUACUAAUAUUAAUACUAGGAUUGUGGGUUCAAUUCCUGGGACCACCCAUACAUGAAUGUGUGCAUGCAUAACUGACUGACUGUAAGUUGCUUUGGAUAAAAGCAUCUGCUAAAUGGCUGUUAUUAUUAAUAUCAGCAACCCAGAACCAACAAAAAUAAUUUAAUUCACUUUAAUAGCUUGCAGUAGGGAUCUGCUUGUGAGUAUUCAAAUUACAUAUGUGUACAGAGGGGGGUGUACUACAAAGCAGGAUCAAUUAGUUAUCCAGCUAACUUUGAUAAGCAACCAGAAAUAUCUAUUGAUUUUUCUGACUAAUUAAUACAUUCAACAUUAGAUAUGCGUUGUUGGUUGAGUCAGUUAAACAAUGCCAAUUCCAAGCUUAUCUUUCUAAAACAAGAAAAGGUCAUCACAAUAUUUAGACAAGCUGGCUAACUCAUUGAAUCGGCUUUGUAGUUUACCCCUCUGGUCUACGCCUUGUCCCAUUUUUAAUGAACACUGAACAAUGCUCUUUAUACGUAUGACAUAACAAUUUUAAUGGUACAUUUAAUAGUCUUAUGUUUUGUAUGUGUGUGUGUGCACAUUUUACUGUACUUGUGAGUACCAGAAGUCCUCAUGAAUAGUAAACUAACUAAAAUUCA